AUGGCUGCGAAAAGCUCUCCUCGGUACAGCAGGGUAUCUGCUUUCAUUUUGCCUGAUCAUAUUUCCAUGGAAAAUAACGCUUCUCCACGAGGAGACUCAACUACGUUUGAACUGCCAGAACACCUACAAGAUGAUGAUCACGUACUAACCGAGCGUAUUGCGAAUCGGAAGGGGUUAGCAUUUCGCUUACGACGCCUGUUUCUAAUCGAUAGGUAUCAUCCGAAUUCGGAACUGCACUUCCGGUCGCAUUAUCUGUACCGCCACGAACUAGCUCGCCACGUGCGUAGCGACUACUGGUACAUUAUCCAUCCGUUCAGUCGGUUCCGGUUCUACUGGGAUAUGUGCUUGAUUGUAUACUACUGCACUGUUGCAUUGCUUUGGCCAUUCGUCCUUUGUUUCACAUCGUUAGUGCGUAUUAGCGGUAGAGCCUACUCCAUCACGAUGGUUAUGAACAUCAUGGCUUCCUUUGAUUUUGCUGUUCGAGCUUUUACUGGUUACUUGGAGGAAGAUGAAGCCAAGAAAAAAGUCGUACUGCACCAUGGAAAGAUACUGCUAAAUUACUUGAAAAGUGCCAUGUUAAUAGAUAUAUUCGUCAUGUUACCGAUUACACCGUUGGCUGGAUUAUUUAACGAUCAAUUGAAGGACUUGCAAGUUGAAUCAUCACAACUGAACUUUAUCUACAGUAUAUCGCUUUUGAAAUUGGUUUCACUGCGCCAUAUCUGGGGAUAUUUGGAGAAUGUUUUCGAGUACUACAAAAUUGAUCUACUAAAGUAUUACGUGUUGCGCAUCAUAAUAACAUCAUUCCUUAUCGUGCACUGGUGCAUUUGCUUGUACAAACUUGCCAUAUUCGAGUGGGACAAAGAGCUUGGGUUGGACGGCUUGUCCUACACGGAAGCCUUUUAUCAGUACGCGGUUUGCCUGUAUUCCGUUUCGUGGUUCAUGUUUGCCUUCAGUUUCAUAGAAGGUGAGAUUCCAAAGGAUCCUCGAUCGAAAAUCUCCAGCGCGGUGUGUAUCAUGAUUGGAUAUAUGUUUAAAAUUUGCAUUUUUCUACAAAUAAUCAAUUUAGUCGAAAUAAUGAGCUCUAUGGAUAGAAAAUACGCGGAAGUUACCAAUGAACUACAAACUUACGUUCGAACGAAGCAGCUUCACUCGGCCGAUAUGAAGCAUCGUUUGCUGUACUAUUACGCAAAGCGUUACGAGCACUGCUUUUUUCAAGAGGAUAUCAUUAUGGAAAGCAUAUCUGAUACCCUAAAAAAACGGAUCACGGAUUAUAGUGCGACCAAGUUUUUGAAAACCGUAAAAAUAUUCGACGGUAUAGCAGUUGAUACACUUCUUCCGUUAGUGGAAAGGAUGACAAAGGAAAUCUACCUGCAAGAUGAUCUGAUCAUAAGAGCUGGUUCUUCUGGUGAUAAGAUGUACUUCAUCAUCGUUGGCAUGGUGGCCGUCUACACUCAUAGUCGCAAGGAAAUUUGCCACUUGGCCGAUGGCGAUAACUUUGGCGAAGUGUCAAUGUUCACACGAAAAAAGCGGAUUGUCAGCGUGGUCGCGGUUGAGUUCACACAGGUGUACGUUAUCGAGCGAAAGGUGUUCAAAGGACUGUUUUCACCCGAGCAUAUAGUGUAUAAGCGCCUGCAGGAUAUGGCCAACAAGCGCAUGCAGAUUACGCUAGUGCUCGAAGAACAGCACAAGAACUACUUGCUAAAGACAGGAAUGGGCCAAAAAGAGAUCAAGAUUACGGAAUAA